CUGUUUUGACCGUGUAUGCGGUGUUUUGCCUCAUGUGUUGGUCCGGCUUGGUAGAAUAAAUAGUAGUAUUAGUAAGUCACUGACAACAUUGUGCAGAAACAUAUGAGUUUUAUUUAUGAUUUAAAGCCCCCUGACUGCUGGUCUCAGGUUAGAGAGAGUGACACGAAGUGAUGAGCUCUUUGGUCUACACACAAACACAUACUGAGGCCGAAGUUCAGCUCCUCCGCUGGAAGUAGGGCAGGCUGGCGAGUAGCAGGCUGAUACAGCAUAUGUGGGCUUUUUUUGUGUAACUAUAGCUUGGGGCAUUGGAAAAGUCUGUCUGCCUUUAAAACGUGUUUAUAGAAGCUUGAGAACAUUCGGAGGCUAAUUUGUAGAAAACCCCACGCUGGACUUCAGCCACAAUUCCUUCAGAAUGAAAAUGCUGCGGAAACUGUCCUCCAGUUUAAGGCGACACAUUUCAACAUCUUGCAGAUCUUACAGAUAUGAUAAACUGUUUAAAGUUCACCCCAGUGUGCGUGAGGCUCUGGCUGAACACCGGCCUGUAGUAGCUCUGGAGAGCACCAUCAUCACCCACGGGAUGCCAUACCCUCACAACCUGAGCACAGCCAAGGAGGUGGAGGCCAUUGUGAGGGCCAAGGGGGUGACCCCAGCCACCGUGGGAAUUCUGGACGGCACCAUUCAUGUUGGUUUAUCUCCAGAGGAGCUGGACUUCAUGUCCCGCUGUAAAACAGCCCUGAAGGUGUCCAGGAGGGAUUUGCCAUAUGUUAUCAGCAAGGGUCUGUCUGGAGGCACCACUGUCUCAGGCACGAUGAUCGCAGCCCACAGAGCGGGGAUUCAUGUUUUUGUGACUGGAGGGAUUGGUGGAGUGCACAGAGAUGGAGAGAAUUCUCUGGAUGUUAGUGCAGAUCUGACUGAACUCGGACGCACUCCUAUCGCAGUGGUGUCCGCUGGGGUGAAGUCCAUCCUGGACAUUGGACGAACCCUGGAGUUUUUGGAAACUCAGGGGGUCUGUGUAGCCACGUAUGGAAAGUCAAAAAGUUUCCCAGCUUUCUUCUCUCCUUCAAGUGGUUUCACAUCACCUUACAGUGUCCACAAUGCAGAAGAAGCAGCUGAGCUUAUUGCAAGCACCCUGUCUCUAGGCCUGCAGAGUGGUGUCCUGCUGGCUGUGCCCAUUCCAGAAGAGCAUGCUGCUGCUGGACAGGAGAUAGAGGGCGCUAUUCAGGCUGCAGUGACUGAGGCCAGACUGAAAGGAAUCUGUGGAAGAGAUGUUACUCCCUUCAUCCUGCAGAGAGUCAGUGAGCUCACUGAAGGCCAGUCCCUCCAGGCCAACAUAGCUCUCAUUCAUAAUAAUGCUAAAGUGGGAAGUGAGAUAGCCUGUGCCCUUUCUGAGCGUAUGAAGAAAUGCCAGAGUGGACCCAGAGGAAGCAGUGAGAUCCUGGAGGAGAAGAACCAGCCCUCAAAACCUAAACCUGUUGUCAUUGGUGGUGUAAAUGUUGACUGCAUCGCUAAAGUAACAAAGAAGUUACUGUUUGGACAGACAAACCCAGGGAGUGUGUGCCAGUCAUUUGGGGGAGUGGGUCGGAAUAUUGCAGACUGUCUUAGCAGACUGGGGCACAAACCUCUCUUCAUCUCAGCUGUUGGAACGGAUACCCAUAGCGAUGCUGUGCUCAACUACUGUAAGCAUAUGGACACCAGUGCAGUUGUGAGACUGGAGGGUCAGAGGACUGCCACCUACUGUGCUGUAAUCACUGAAAGUGGAGAGCUGAGUCUGGGACUGGGAGAUAUGGACAUCCACCAACAAAUCAAAGAGCAACAUGUUUGCCAGUAUGAGGAACAGCUGUCCUCAGCAUCUCUUAUCGUUCUUGAUGGUAACAUUCCUGUUUCUACAAUCAACUACGUCUGCAGCGUUGCCAAGAAACAUUCAGUUCCAGUGUGGUAUGAGCCCACUGAUGCUGAUAAGGCCUGCAAGCCCUUCCUGUCAGAAAGCUGGAAGGCUCUCUCUUACACAUCCCCCAACUUAGCAGAGCUGUGCACCAUGAACCGCACUCUUCACCUGCCUACACCAGAAGUGCUACCAGACUCUCCUGAGGAUGUGUUGAGCUGUGCAGCGUCUCUCUCUCGCCCUCUGCUGGAGCAUCUUAAUUGUGUGGUGGUGACACUGGGUUCGUUGGGAGUGUUGGUGUGUGGAGAGUAUGAAGCAGGAUCAGUCCGUCUGCAGCCACGAAAACACCAGCGGAGAGGAAGGCUGUGUGCUGUGUACUAUCCUGCACUGGCAGUUCGUUCUGAGGAGACAGUGAAUGUGUCUGGAGCGGGAGACAGUCUUGCGGGUGGGAUGAUGGCAGGGAUCUUGCAGGGGAAGGACACACACAGCUGUAUGCACAUGGGCCUCCUCGCUGCACGCCUCUCUCUCUUCUCUCCUCACCCCAUCACUCCAUCUCUGACUUCAGAUGCCAUCCACCCAGAGAGGGCUCAUUCUCAGCCAUGGCCAAAACCCACCUGCAUGUGGAUGGAGUCAUAACAGACUAAACUGUUAUAAUAAUCCCAUAGAAGCCUCUAAAAAACAUGGCAGAGAUGAAUGCUGGAAAGAUUUUGAACAUUCCACUGUGCCUUCUUAGCUAAUUUACCAUCUUCAUACUGGAUUCGAUGAUGGGGUGUUGUGUAAUUAGAAUGUUGUAUGUCAUUUUAGAUGAAAGUCUGCUGAACUGUCCUAGUGUUUCCACUAGAUUACCAUUGUCUUUAUCAUGCUAUAUUAUGCAUACAGUUUAAUUGCUAGAGUUGCUUUUUAAGUCUACCUCAUGCCCAGACUGUGGCACUAGCCAACAUGUUACAUUGAUUGGUCACUCAUCAUUCUGAUGCUAAUGUACAGUAAAGCCAAUUCAUUCAUGUUCCAGGGUUAAAUUUCCAUAUUUUAGUCAUACAUUUUAACCAGUCAAUAUUUUAGAGCAUACUGCACAGUAAAUAAUCCCAAUUCUUGUUUUAGGAGUAUAUCGUCAUUGUCUAAUAAAAAAAACUAAACUCCCUACCUGGCUAAAUAUGGAUCUUCUUAAUUGGAAGUCAAUGCAAAAAGAGUUAAUUUUAGAUCAUUUUGAAAAAUUUAUGUAUGUUUCUCCAUUCAUUAAAAAAAAAUUGACACAGUCUUAAUAUUUGAGAAAACAAAAAAUCAUGAAAUGUGGCGAUGCUUGUUUUUUGUAGAACAUUGAUUUGUUCUUGCUGCAGAUAUUCUAUCAAGUAAUUACACACAUCCAUUUUAAUCU